AUGUCUGCGUACGAAAUGCCCGUGGCUUUUGCCGUCGCCCUUUCCCGGCAUUACAUGGUCUCCGGGACGGGCUUCCGCGUGCGGUCAGCAGAUGUCUGGGACUACUGGUGUGUGCUUCCCGUGAGGGUCUUCAUGGGGUGCAGCAGGCAAGCCCAGGAGCAUACAAGGAGCACCGCUGGCAGCAACCAGAUGGAUCCGUUCCAUUACAUCCACUUGUCCGGGGUCAAGGCCGAUAUUCGUGGCUCGCACAUUGGCCUCUUCGUUCAACACAACACGAAGACGAAGUCCACCUCCGCACUGGUCAUCAAUCUCCUCGAUGGCCGCCUUAGCCAUGCUAUAGAAGAACCUCUAGCACGAGUCCGAGAUGCAAUAAUCCAGCAAGCGAGUUCUUGUAGGGGCGCAAAUCCUCGCUUCGGCCUUUUCAUCUACCUCUCCAGCUCUCUGAGAUGGUGGGACAACGUCUUGAGCUGCUUCAACCAGCAACUCGUCAUGCAUGAGAAGCAACUGCAAUCGGAAAUCGGAUACCACACGCCAGCCUUCUCGGGCCGUAGCAAGGACAUCAACGCCUCGUUGCACAUUAUGGCCGCACACCUGCACAGAUACAAGACCGAGCUUGACCGCACCGAACUCAUUCUCCAAGAUGUGCUGUCCUCUAGGUUUGGCACUAGACUGACGACUAGCGAUGCCGACACCGACGACAGCAGCGUUGCAGCUGACGUCAUGAAAGGCGAACGACUCAAGUCACAGCUCCGGGUGAUCCUUAGCUUCACGGAUGAAAUGGAGAAGAAGAUCCAAAACAUUCUGAAUCUGCUUUUCAACCAAAUCCAAGUGGCCAACGACAGCACUUUACAAGCCAUCCUCAGAGCAGCGCAGGCUGAUAACAAGCUCUCCCAGAGGAUGGCAUUCCAGUCUCACGAGCUCACCAUCAGCAUGAAGAAUGACAGUAUUGCCAUGAAGACGAUUGCCAUCCUGACAAUGAUCUUUCUUCCCGCAACUUCGUUCGCUGCCAUCCUGUCCAUGCCUUUCUUCAACCAAACAGAGUACAUGAUGGUGCCGUCGCAUUCCUGGAUUUGGGGUAUCCUAACGCUAGUCUUCACACCUGUCGCCUUUGGGGUGUUUUUUCGCAUCACCCAGACUCGUGAAAAUACCAAUCUCGACACGGCCGACGGCGGAGGCUCGUCAAAUGGCUCGGCCGAAGAGCAGGGCACGCCGCAGGGAGGAGCAGGACAAUAA